AUGGCUUAUGACAGAUAUGUUGCUGUAGUGAAACCACUGCACUACAACAACUUAAUCAGCACCAAAGCCUGUAUUACAAUGAUGUUCACAGCCUGGAUGCUGGGCUUCCUAGGUCCUCUAUUGCCAAUAUUACUGGCAAGCACUUUGCCAUUCUGUGGAUCAAACUUUAUCCUCCACAUUGUUUGUGAUUACCAUAGUGUAAUGUCAUUAGCCUGCGGUGAUUUUACAGCUCAAGUAAAUUUUACCCUGUCAAUUGCAAUGCUGUCAAUCAAUGUCCCAUUUCUUUACAUCUUAUGGACAUACUGCAGAAUAAUAGCAUCAGUAAUGAAAUUGAAAAUAAUGGAGAGCCGUAAGAAAGCCUUCUCAAUGUGUUCCUCACAUGUAACUGUUGUUUUUCUGUGCUAUGGUUCUGGUGCUGUAGUGUAUAUUGGAUUGAGAGUGGAAAGGAUACCUCCUGAUGGACGCAUCAUCAUUGGUGGAUUUAAUUAUCUCCUAACCCCUUUGCUCAAUCCUAUCAUUUACAGCUUAAGAAAUGAAAAACUCCAAGUAGCUUUUCAAAGGCUGGUGGUCAAACUCAGGGGUCCGGGCCUCAGCAACUCCAUCUGCAACUGGGUCCUGGACUUCCUGACAGGCAGACCCCAAGUGGUGACGAUUGGAAACAAAACCUCAUCCCCUCUGAUCCUCAACACAGGGGCUACCCAGGGCUCCUGCCUGAGCCCACGGCUGUAUUCUCUAUUUACACAUGACUGUGUGGCUAGAUGUAACAGCAACCCUAUCACUUUACAUCAGCAAAACAAAAGAGUUGUCAGCACCUUCAGGUUCUUCAGAUCUCCAGACCUGUGA